AAUCAUAUUUUGGGGACAAAAGUUCUUGUGUAGAAAACACUAGUGCACUGAAUCUCGCGAGUUCCUCUCCUGUGCGAGGCUUGAAUAGCGCGUGUCUAGGAAAAACACCCCGCUCUUCUAGCAGAUCUGCUGGCAGAAGCCACACCCCUCUUAUGGGAUAUUCAGUUACAUCCUCAUCUGCAGCCUCUGCUCAUGCUGCUGCGUCGGUUAUUGUAGCUGUAGUGGAAGGAAGAGGCCUUGCCAGAGGUGAAGUAGGAAUGGCCAGUAUUGACUUAAAAAAUCCUGAGGUGAUGUUAUCACAGUUUGCAGACAAUACAACUUAUGCCAAGGUUAUUACUAAACUCAAGAUAUUGACACCACUAGAAAUAAUAAUGUCAAACACUGCUUGUGAUGCAGGGAACACAACAAAAUUGUUCAGUCUUAUAACAGAGCAUUUCAGGAAUGUGACUUUUACAACUGUCCAAAGAAAAUACUUCAAUGAAACAAAGGGUUUGGAAUACAUAGAACAAUUGUGUGCGUCUGAAUUCAGCACCAUUUUCAUGGAGGUUCAAUCAAAGUACUACUGUCUUGCAGCUGCUGCAGCUUUGCUAAAAUAUGUUGAAUUUAUUCAAAAUUCAGUUUAUGCUCCUAAAUCACUCAAGGUGCGUUUCCAGGGGAGUGAGAAAACAGCUAUGAUAGACUCAUCAUCAGCACAAAAUCUUGAACUAGUGAUUAAUAACAGAGAUUCUCGGAAUAGUCACACGCUUUUUGGUGUCCUGAAUUACACUAAAACUCCAGGUGGAAGUCGAAGACUUAGAUCCAAUAUCCUGGAGCCUCUAGUUGAUGCCGAAACAAUUAACACAAGACUGGACUGUGUUCAGGAAUUACUCCAGGAUGAGGAGCUCUUUUUUGGUCUUCAAGCAGUCAUCUCAAAAUUCCUGGAUACAGAACAACUACUUUCAGUUUUGGUACAAAUUCCAAAGCAGGAUACGGUUAAAACUGCUGAAUCGAAAAUAACUAAUUUAAUCUACCUGAAGCAUACUCUAGAACUUGUGGAGCCUUUAAAAGCUGCUUUAAGAAGCUGUAACACACCACUGCUAAAGGCUUAUUACAGUUCUCUUGAAGAUACAAGAUUUGGAAUUAUACUUGAAAAGAUUACAACUGUAAUUAAUGAUGAUACAAGGUACACAAAAGGAUGUCUGAGUAUGAGGACCCAGAAAUGCUAUGCUGUUAAGCCUAACAUCAAUGAAUUCCUUGACAUAGCUCGUAGAACAUACACGGAAAUUGUUGAUGACAUAGCAGGUAUGAUAACACAACUUGCAGAAAAGUACAACCUACCAAUGAAAACAAGUUUCAGCUCUGCUCGUGGAUUUUUUAUCCAGAUGAAUGUUGAUAGUUCAACAUUACCCAAUGGACAACUUCCUUCAGAAUUUACAAAGAUCACUAGAAUGAAAAACACAUAUAGCUUCACUUCAGCAGAUUUAAUAAAAAUGAAUGAAAGAUGUCAGGAGUCCCUGAGAGAAAUAUAUCACAUGACCUAUUUAAUAGUGUGUAAACUACUGAACGAGAUCUAUGAACACAUUCAUUGCCUAUACAAGCUGUCUGACACUGUGUCAAUGCUGGACAUGCUGCUUUCGUUUGCCCAUGCCUGCACUCUUUCUGAUUAUGUUCGUCCAGAAUUUACAGAUACUUUAGCGAUCAAGCAGGGAUGGCAUCCCAUUCUUGAAAAGAUAGCUGUGGAAAAACCUGUAUCUAACAACACAUAUCUGACAGAGGGUAACAACUUUGUCAUUAUUACAGGACCAAAUAUGAGUGGAAAAUCAACAUACCUAAAACAGAUUGCUCUCUGUCAAAUUAUGGCACAGAUUGGUUCUUAUGUCCCCGCAGAGUAUUGUUCUUUUCGAAUCGCAGAGCAAAUUUUCACCAGAAUAGGUAUGGAUGAUGAUAUAGAAACAAAUGCAUCAACAUUCAUGAAGGAAAUGAAAGAGAUAACAUAUAUCAUACAAAAUGCUAAUGAUAAAUCGCUCAUCAUAAUUGACGAACUUGGCAGAGGCACCAGUGCUGAAGAAGGUAUUGGCAUUUGUUUUGCUGCCUGUGAAUAUCUGUUGAAUUUAAAGGCAUUUACAUUGUUUGCUACACAUUUCCUGGAACUGUGUCAUAUAGAUGCUUUAUAUCCCAAUGUGGAAAAUUACCAUUUUGAAGUGCAACAUGUGAGAAGCAGUGCUGGAAAUAAGGAGAAAAUUGCUUACACUUACACACUCUCCAAAGGAUAUACAGAGGAAAAGAACUACGGAAUAAAAGCUGCAGAGGUUUCUUCGCUACCAUCGUCCAUAAUUUUGGAUGCAAAGGAAAUCACAAAUCAUAUUGCAAAACAAAUUUUGCAGAGGCAGAAGAGCACUCCUGAGAUGAUGAAACAGAGAGCUGUAUACCAUUUAGCAAUGAGAUUGGUUCAGACUGCCAGAAAUUCUCGAUUGGAUCCAGACAGUUUGCGUAUAUAUUUGAAAGGCUUGAAGAAAAAGUAUGAAGCCAGUUGUCCUGCACCUGGACAAAAUGAUGAGCAACA